AUGGUUCAAAAUCCAACCUUAACCCCCACAUGGGAGAACAUGAAAUACCCAUUGCUGUCAUCAGCUAACUUGUCUCCACGCCAUUUUAGCUCCUUAUUGCAAAGUUGCAUCAAAUCAAAAGCUCUAAAACCAUGCAAGCAAGUUCAUGGUAAAUUGUUAGCUUCUGGUGUUGAUAUGAACUCAUUGUCUUUGAAGUCUAGGCUUGUGGGUGUAUAUGCAAGUUGUGCGGAUUUGAUAUCUGCUGAGUUAAUCUUCCAAGAAACACAAAACGCAAAUGUUUUUGCGUUGAAUUGGAUGAUUUCAGCUAUGGCAUUUAAUGGGUACUAUGAACAGGCAAUUGGUGUUGGAAUGAUUGAGCAAUCACUUGUCCUGUUUGAUGCAAUGAAGUUAGAAGGUUUGAGACCGAAUGAUUUCACGUGGAAUGCGCUGAUAGCAGGGUAUGCUAGAAAAGGACUUUGUGAUGGAGCUUUUGCAUUGUUCUCUAGAAUGAGUGAAGAGGGUCUGCCUCCAGAUUUGGUUACUUGGAAUGCAAUGAUUUCAGGAUUAGUUCAAGGUCAAUGUGCUGUUGAAGCUCUGGAGGUGUUCCGGGACAUGUUGAUUGCCGGAAUUAAGCCUAACCAUGUGACUGUUACAGGGCUGCUUCCUGCAUGUGCAUUGAUGAAUUCAAUUCAAAUAGGGAAAGAAAUCCAUGGCCUCAUAUACAGGAUGGUUCUUUAUAUGAAUGUCUUUGUCACUAGCGCUCUUAUUGACAUAUACUCCAAAUGUGGAAGUGUUAAAGAUGCUCGGAAUGUGUUUAAUGAGAUUCCUAUUAAGAAUGUUGCAUCAUGGAAUGCUAUGAUAGGAUGUUAUGGGAAGCAUGGCCUGGUUGAUUGUGCGAUCCAACUGUUUGAGACGAUGCAAGAUAGGGAAAUGCAGGCAAAUCAAGUCACUUUAAUCUGUGUUCUUUCUGCUUGUAGCCAUGGUGGAUUAGUUGAGAAAGGUUUGACAAUUUUUAGGUGCAUGAGAGAAAUGUAUGGCAUUGAAGCCAGCAAGGAGCAUUAUGCUUGUGUCGUGGAUCUUCUGUGUCGUUCUGGAAGGGUGGAUGACGCUUAUAGUUUUGUGAAAGAAAUGCCAAUUAGAGUCACAGAUUCAAUUAUUGGGGCUUUCUUCAAUGGUGUAAAGUUCACAACAGAAGAUAUCUUGAGAAUGAAGUUGAAUAGGCCCGGGGGUCUUGUGACGCUGUCCAAUAUUCAUGCUUCUGAGGGAGAAUGGGAAGAGGUUGAGAAUGUAAGGAAGAUGAUGAAGGAGAAGGGAGUCCACAAGAACCUGGUUUCAGUUGGGUUGAGGAGAAGAACGAGUUCUCCGAAGUGA